GAAUGUAUGUUGAAGUGAGCAAUUGUUUUUGUUCCGGGAAGAGGGCCUUGAAAAGUGAAAAAGGAGUGUCGUUUAGUGACAACAAAGUGUUGGAGUCCACCCACCGAGGAGGCAGGUGAGAGAGUGUGACACGAUGCGCAUUGGGCACCUUCCUAGUUAAACUGAGUGAGUGAGUGAGUGAGGUCAGAACUCAGAACUCAGAACUCAGAACUGAGAACUCAGAACUGAGUUACCAUUAAUCCAUCGAGUUUAGUAUCGGAAAACGUGCCUCUCAUAUCCAUAUCCAUAUCCAUAUCCAUUUCCAAAUGUCCUUCAACCUCUCUCUCAUGCUCCAUUUCUAACCCAACAUCAUAUGCUUUGUUGGUCUUUCCGACGAUGGAUUCUGUUCUCUCCAUGGACACCAACACUAACGCCUUCCCUCAUUCACCGCCGCUACCAGAACCAGACAUUUCCUCGACGCUACCCACGCCGCACUCACAACCUUCGAUUUUGGUCCCAAAGUCCGAACCCUUCUGGGACGCCGACGACCUCUCCGCCGAACUCGACCUCCUCUCCGAGUUCAACCGCGUCUCCGAGCUUUUCCAUUUCGCCUUCGGAGCCACCCACGUUGAUUUCCAACCGCCCAAUGUUUCAUGCCCCGACCCCGACGCCGACGCAAUGGUUCCGCCAAACCCUAGCGAGGUGAAUUCGGUGCCUGCGGACCCUAAUGCGGGUUCCGCCGAUGAUUUGCGGGCGAUUGUGCCGGUGCCUGCGGCGGGGACGGUGGCGGUGGCGGUGGCGAGGCGGGGCAAGAGCCGGAAGAAGGAGCUCGUGAGGGUGUCGAACAUGUCUGCGAGGGACGAGGCGCAGUUUCGGGAGAUUGUGAGGAGGACGCGCCUGCUGUACGACUCGCUGCGCGUGCUGACGGCGGUGGAGGAGGAGAAGCGAGCGGCGGCGGCGGCGGAGACGCUGGAGGGAGGCGGCAGAGCGCGGCGGCUCCGCGGCGACGCGCGAGCUGCGGCGCUGAUGCGGCAGCGUGGGCUGUGGCUGAAUCGCGACAAGCGGAUUGUGGGGCCAAUUCCGGGAAUCUUUGUUGGGGAUUUGUUCCUUUUUCGAAUGGAGUUGUGUGUGGUUGGGUUGCACGGUCAGGUGCAGGCUGGGAUUGAUUAUCUCCCUGGGAACAUGAGUGCCACUGGGGAGCCUAUAGCCACGAGUGUCAUUGUUUCUGGUGGGUAUGAGGAUGAUGCUGAUGAUGGUGAGGUUAUUGUCUACACUGGCCAUGGAGGCCAGGGGAAGAAUUCUUCCAAGCAGGUUGCUGAUCAGAGGUUGGUGUCUGGGAACCUUGCAUUGGAGAGGAGUAGGCAUUAUGGCGUUGAGGUGAGGGUUAUUCGCGGGAUUAGGUACGAGGGGGGUGUCUCUGGUUCUGGUAAGGUUUAUGUGUAUGAUGGAGUUUAUAAGAUUGUUGAUCAUUGGUUUGAGUUUGGCAAGUCUGGUUUUAGAGUUUACAAGUUUAGGCUUUGUAGGAUUCCCGGGCAGGCUAAGAUGGGUAGUGCUGUUUUGAAGGAGGCUAGGAAUAUUAGGAGGAGUGGCUUGGAUUUUAAUCAUGUGUUUUGUCUUGCUGCUGAUAUGUCCAACAGGAAGGAGAAUGUUCCGGUUCGGCUUUUUAACGACAUAGAUGACGACCGGGGUCCUCUUUGUUAUGAGUAUCUUUCCAGGACUAGUUUUCCGCAGUUUGUGUUUCACCAGAGUGGGAAGGCUACUGGUUGUGAUUGUGUGGAUGGUUGUGGUGAUGGGUGCUUCUGUGCUAUGAAAAAUGGGGGUGAGUUUCCUUAUACUCUUCAGGGGCAUCUUGUGAGGGGGAAGCCUUUGAUUUUUGAAUGUGGCCCUUUCUGCUCUUGCCCUCCUCAUUGUCGCAAUCGCGUUGCACAGAAGGGGCUGAAAAAUAGGUUGGAGGUGUUUAGGUCUCAGCAGACCGCUUGGGGAGUUAGGUCCUUGGAUCUUAUUCUAGCUGGUGCUUUUAUCUGCGAGUUUGCAGGGGUUGUUUUGACUAGGCAGCAAGCGCAGCUCUUGACAAUGAAUGGUGACUCGUUGAUAUAUCCUAAUCGGUUUUCUGAAAGAUGGGCAGAAUGGGGGGAUUUGUCUCAGAUUUACCCACAGUAUGCGCGACCAUCAUAUCCAUCAAUUCCUCCUUUGGAUUUUUCUCUGGAUGUGUCAACAAUGAGGAAUGCUGCUUGCUAUAUGAGCCAUAGUUCAACUCCAAAUGUCUUGGUUCAGUUUGUUCUGUAUGAUCACAACAAUUUGAUGUUCCCUCACGUUAUGCUUUUUCCAAUGGAGAACAUCCCUCCCAUGAGAGAGCUCAGUCUUGACUAUGGUGUAGCUGAUGAGUGGACAGGCAAGCUCUCUAUAUGUAACUGAAUGGAUAAUACACUUCUAAUGUUGAAGCUGAGUUUUGGGCACAGUAAAAUGAGACUUAACCAUGAUUUUCUGAAGGUUUCAAUCUCACCAAAUUUCUUGGAACUGUGGAAGUGCUUUUGUCAAGGUAUUGAAAAUCACUUGAUAAUUGUUAUAUUAUCCUGCUUUUGUCUAACCCUUUUUUGCUAGUGCAUAGCAUUUGCUGUGGUGAUGAAGAAAAGGAUUUGGAGUUCCGUGUGCUUAAAUCUUAAACACUUUUUUGUAAUUAUUCUGUAGUUUGUUGAUGUUGGGCUCUUGGGCGAAGCAUUUGCUCACCACCUUUUCUAUGCAAUAGCUCGGAUUCAGUAAAUUUUCUGUUGUCAUUGUAUAUAAUGUAAGUCAACAGCUUGUACAGGGAUGAUGUCAGUGGCUAGCAAUGAUGGGUAAAUUGCAGCAUUUUAAUUGGUUUAGAAGCAAAUGAAUAGAGUUGUUUUUUUUCCUA